AAGGUUCGAAAUUUUGAAAUAGGAAAAAAAAUAUAUUUAAGUUUGAAUUUAAAAGGAAAAUGAGUUCUAAGUUACUUUUCAAUGGGCAAAAAAUAUAUAAUUUUUGAGAGUAAGGCUCAUUGUUGGGUAAUUAUAGCUGGCUCCAUUUCUUCUUCAGCUUCAUUCCUCUCUCUCUCUCUCUCUCUCUCUCUCUGGUUUGAAGAGUGGAGCGUGUCUGGAGUUCCAUGGGCUUGAGCAGUAGUCGUCUGGGGUCGCGCCCUUCUCGCCCCCGAGUCAACCGUCCGAGGCGCAGACUCUCCUCUUUCAUCUGCGGUGGCUCCUCUUCUCACGUCUCCCUUGAGGUAGAAGAUCCAGCUGAAACACUGGUGAACCCUGCAGAAUUUUGUGAUCCACAUGUUCAUGAGCUCCAAAGCCUCGUGAAGGAGUCCAUUUCGCACUCUGGUUCAGGAACUGGGUUUACCAGCUCUGAACAUGAAACUGGAACAUCAUCUGUGAGCAGUAUUGCGGCCUUUGAGAACAUGUCUGCUGAAGAUGCUUCAAGAAAUGUUGUGAUAGGUAGUAAGGAGAAAUACUUGUAUGAGAGCAAGGAAUUAGUUCCUCCUCAUGAGCUAGAUGAUGAAUAUAAUCGAUGUAGGGAUACAGCUAGUACAUCCACAAAAGACCAACAUUCUCCAGAUCCACCAUCCAUAAAUGUAAGGGCUAAUAAGCUGAACAUGGGCAUAGUCAAUGAAAAUGAUAACUCAGUGAAUAAGGGUGUGUCUCGGAUUUGUCCAGAGGUUAUAUAUUCAAAUGGAUCAUCUUCUCAGGAGCGUGGAAACCCAUCGUUAGAUGGGGCAUCUGUUGAAAAUGUCAGUGAACCAGUGACAGUCCGCAAUUCUGUUUCUGACACUGUUCCAGUUGUUUCUGAUUCGCCAUUAUCAUUUCAGUCACAAAGAGAGGAAUCUGUGCAAGAUGAUAUAACUUCAGGCCUUGGAUUCCUUGUUUCAGAUAGGGAACGAGGAGGACAGAGCGAUGGAAGUGUUCUUCAUGUUGAUGUGGUGAGUAUCUCUUCCAAUGUUUUGUCUAGUAGCUCUGCUGAAAUAAGUAAUCAUGAGGCAAGAAGGAAUAGUAGAAGACUUUUUUGGGAUGCUUUCUCAAGACGCAGUUCUAGAAGGCAUAGUGAUUCCCCAACCAUAGUUUUCUCCAUGGAUGAUACUGAUGAUCUAGGAUCUCAUGACAGAUGGCUGCUUAAUCUAAGUGGUGAUUUCUUUGGUGAUCGCAUUGGAAAUGAACCUGGCAGUCUGAGCAGUAGAAUACAGAGCACAAAUGAGCGACGAUGGCAUUCGAGAUCUGAGAUAUGGGAAAGGAUUCGCGGUGGCCUUGGUGAGAGUGGUCGGCGAACUACCUAUUGUCCGUCAGGGCUCCAUCCAGAUGGUACGUGCUCUUGUGAGUCAUUGUUGACAGCUGAAGAGACUGGUACUCGUGCAAGUAUUUCACGGAUAGUCAUGCUAGCUGAAGCCUUAUUUGAGGUUUUGGAUGAAAUUCAUCGCCAACCCAUGUCAUUUUCCCUAUCUAUGGUUUCAGUUCCUGCCCCCGAGUCACUUGUCAACUCUUUUCCUCUGAAGAGUCACAGAAAGCCUGACCCAGCUAAGACUGGGGAUGAUGUUGAGCAGUGUUACAUUUGCCUGGAUGAGUACGAGGAUGGCGAUAAAAUACGCGUUCUUCCUUGUCACCAUGAAUAUCACAUGUCAUGUGUUGAUAAAUGGCUCAAAGAAAUACAUGGGGUUUGCCCACUCUGCCGAGGUGAUGUUCGCGAAGGUCUUGCUGUGGGUUCUGUCUGUAACUCAGAGACCCAUCUUUGAUAAAAUUGUACAUACAUAUAAAGUUCUCAGUGGUUCGGCUGUUGAUAUGUUGUAUUUACUGUCAGAAAAUAUAUUUGUGUCUUCAAUGUUACAUCCUUCAAAUUCUGUGUUUCAUGGCAUCUUUUCCUCUGUAAGAUGUGUUCCUGUAACAAUAUUUAAUAAGGUGUUUCAAAAGAUGAGGCCCAGGCUUGGCAUUCACACCCCCUGGCUCCAUAAUUUCAUUUC